CUUCACUCCGCUCCAUCGGUUGAAUCAAGAUGGGAACAAUCGAGAAAUUGAUGACUGUCGCGUUGUGGGCAUUCGGAACGUGUCAUUCUCAGACGGCAGACACUAAACCCGUUACCGUAGACUUCGCAGAUCACUAUCAUCACGUACUUCACAAUGGCCGCGUGCCACUUUCGUCAGUGUACCGUCUUCCCGAGAAGAUCGUUGCGCUCCCCCUUGCAGCAUCCUACCAUCGCGAAGACCUGUCAGGCGGCCAUCGACCUGUUAGCACCCACGCGCGUGUCCAUAUAAGCCCUCCUAAGAUUGUUGAACCGUCAGGCGUUCACUUGGCACCCGAGGGACCUCUCCAUGCUCCGCACCAAAUUUCUUUAGUUCAUCACCACGCAGUUCACGUUGUUCAUGCAGCUUUACGUGGUGAGGCACCGAUCGUAGUGCACGUUGCGCCUACAAAUCAUGACAUCGACCACAGUCGUUUCGCUUCAUAUGAACCGAGAUCGGCUGCUAUACUGGCACACGUAGAUUCAUCGGAGCCCGUAAUCGUUCGUGGAAGUCGCCUCACGAAAGACCAAACGGUGUGACACGCGCGCAGCCAUCCGAUAUCCGUAGCUCAGCCGCUUGUGGUACCCCUACAUGGCCAGAGGCUCACUUCACUCAUGCUCAUGUUAACAGUUAUAGACGCACCCAUAGACAUGCACCGGUGCCGCGCUAAGGACGCCCAGACUAUGGACCCGCUCAUGCUUUGCCUGUUGACGUGGACAGCAAUCGUGUAAACCGACCACUGAGAAGCCUUCAAUGACCUUUUAAUCGCUUCGGAGUAUGAUACGCUCGCGGGCACUGUUAUCUCUUUUGAUGGCAUCACUCUUUGAUCGGAGACAUCAGUAGGUCUGAAUAUAUGAUGCGUACAGAGUCAGAUCACCUUUGUUUCUUUAGCAGUUGCGUAUCUUCAAAAUAUUUCAUUUCCCAGAUUGACGUUGAAGCUCAAGUUACAGGUAUGUUGUUCAACUUCAGUGUUAGCUGUUGUUAUUUUGCAAUGAGCUACUCCUUUCUGGUAGAAAAAAACACCUCUUAACGCGUCUCAUUGAUGGCAACGAGAAAAGUAAUGCUCAGGAACUAAUUAGGCAACCUAAAUAAGUAUAGAUAGAUCCGACUGGAUACCAGGUUCGACCACUAGUUAUAUAAUACUUUACUGCACUUACUUACGUACCUGUAGAAUGCUUAAUGCGAUGCAACAUUAUAUUGUUUCUCGUUUAUACUAUAGCGUGAUUGCAUAUGUGGCUUUGCUAAACUAGCUCAUACCCUGACAGGAUCGUCGUGUUCUAUAGACGUGGCUAGACCAGACCGGGCGAAAUAUGGCGAAGAUGGCUAGAUAGCUUCCAUGGUCUGAACCAGUGAGAAAUCUCUUCACGUCAGCUGUAGCUGCUCAUAUAUUUACGAUAUUUUCUAGCGUGCUUACGGAUCAAAAAUUGAAUUCGCUCGAAAGAGCGGACUGCAUUACACCACCACUCGAAACUAAGGGAAGAGUUAUUGGAGUGACUAUAAAGCGCCAGCCGGAAUCCAUGCAAGCGGGCCUAGGACGACACCUGUAAUGCUAGAAUAUAGGCACGUUCAAUGUACAAAUGUAUUAUCUAGGAAUGUAAAA